AUGGUCUCAAUGGUCGAGAAUAACGAACUGGGCAUGGACCCAAUCGUGCCUAAGCAUGAGCCGGGCCCUGAUGGCUCAAUGAGUCCCUCCGUGUCGACCCCCGAAGAGGUUGAGCCGCUGCAAGACGCCGCGCAGACGCAAAAAAGGAAAGGAGGCAGAAAACCUAUAUAUGCUACCUCCGAAGAGCGCAAGCAACGCAACCGCCAGGCCCAGGCCGCCUUCCGUGAACGAAGGACCGAAUAUAUCCGCCAGCUAGAGACCACCAUCAAGCGCAAUGAGGAAUCUCUACAGAGCUUGCAGCAGAGCCAUCGCAGCGCCGCCGACGAAUGCUUGAUGCUCCGCUACAAGAACUCGCUGCUGGAGCGCAUCUUGCUGGAGAAAGGUAUUGCUCUCUCACCAGCCCUUCCCUGUCCAUCCGAACCCUCACUGACCCCGACUCUAGGCAUUGAUGUGCAGGCUGAGCUACGAUUGAAGACGGGGGCGCCUGGCGCGCCUCCCAAGGCCAACCCCAUGCCUCCCAAGACGGCGCCCGCAGGUGCUCGCAACCAACGGCACCCCGCAGGCAUUGCCGCAAAGCCCGAAGCGUUCGGUAUCUCACAGCGGGAAGGCGCAUAUGGUGUCCCAUCGCCACAAUUCCAGGCAACUCCAACCUCACAUGUUUCCUCCCCGUCACACGCCAAAUCUCCCGGCUUCGGCUUCCAAGGUGCCAUGUCACCUGCCGGUGUUGAAUCCCAAAAUCGCCCCCAGCUUCUCCCGCAACCUCGAUCUUUCAGCCAAGCCUCGCCGCCAGCAAUCAGCAUGCCCCAGACUGACCCAUCAGAUAACAAGCCCCAGGCCCGUGGCGGGGCUAUGGGGCCUCGCGGCGCAAGGGUCGCAGCAGCCGCCUACUAUCCCUCCCCCUUCCAAAAACACUACGAUCAACUCGGUAAGCGGCUUUCGCCAUUGAUUGCCUCAGGAUCACAGCUGACCUCCCAAGCAGAACAAGAGUAUGAUGCGCAGGCCGACAUGGUUGAUGACGACCACGAUGGCUCAACAAACGCGUCUUACGUACCAGGCUUCACACCACAGUCCAUGGCAUCUGGAUCUCAUAAUAUGUCUGGAUUCAACCAGCCAUCAGCCGAAGGAACGCCCAGCGACUUCGGUAAUUCAAAUCCGCUGCUCGGUCAAUACGAGCCCAUGCUGGAUACAGAUCCAUUCGGGCUAAGCGCUAGCAUGCAUUUCCCAACACCGUUCAACUACGAACACAGUAGCUCACGGCAAUGA